AUGUCACAAGCUGACGUUGAAAAGUCGGAUUUAGAAAAGGGAAAAACUUUGACAAAAAAGUCUAACAAACCGCUGAUGGAAAGAAAACGAAGAGAACGAAUCAAUAAAUGUCUUUUUGAGAUGAAACAAAUGUUAGUGGAUGAUGUUAAAAACGGGUCUCCAAGUCAUUUCAAAUGGGAGAAGGCAGAUGUUUUGGAAAUGAGUGUCGCCUAUAUUAGACAAUUAAGAAGAUGUAUUGCUGCUAAUAGCAAAGCAAAAAAAGUCUUUUCGUUGCCUUAUUUUGUGGAUGGUUUCUCAAAUUGUGUACGCGAAAUGCAAAAUUAUACAUUGCUAGAGAAAUGGCCACUUGAUUUGCGAGAAUACAAUAAUCGUCUCACAAGUCAUUUGAAUGCUCGUCUACACUUGCUUAUCAGUGAACCAGUCAUGAAGCAUGAGACAAUGUCAGCAUCGCUACUAUGCGACUGCACUGGUGCGAACAUAAUGUAUUACAACAAUCAUGCAUACAACAAUUAUCAGCAAACGAAAAUAAUGCAGCCUUCGACAUUUGAGAUAUUGAACCAUACAACCAGUGUUGGAUGUAUGAUCGGCACUUCACGCAUCAAAGCUCAUUCUGAAGAGAAAAUAGAAGUAAACUGCUGUGAAAAAGCAUAUCUGUUCCGUGACAACAAAUUUAAUGAUCAUAGUACGGCUAAUGAAGAGUUCACAAAGACCAACUGUGAUGGUCAUAGAUUAUGGCGUCCAUUUUAA